GCCCGGGCCCGCCGACCAUGGCAGGCGAGGGCUGGGCAGAGCACGUCACGCCCAGGGCCCCUCUACGACAAGGGAGACGCUCGCUCGCCCCUCAAGAUGGCGGCGGAAGGGAAGUGCUUGCGUACGGAAGCCCCUCGACUCGGCACAGUCGCCGGCGGGAAGUGAGGUUCUCUGAGCUCCCGCCCCAAGUGUACGGCGACUUCGAGCCGCUUGCGUCCAGCGGAAGUGCCCGGGUGGAAAAGGGGACCCAGACACAAGAGUUCCGCCCUGUAUCCGACAAAGAGGAAGUGGAGGACAGAGCCUAUUAUUACCUUAGGUCUCGGCAACACGCUCAUCUCUCGCGCCCGCGACUUGGAGAGAUGAAUACGAGGAGAACGACCCGGCUCCAGCAGCAGCAGGAGGCUCAGCCGCCGCCGCAGCCCUCGCCGGCCACUACCAGGAGAGGGCUGCGGGAUCUGCAGUCCUCGGAAGGUGAGGGCGGCGGAGGCGGUCGCCGCCGCCGAGAGGAUGAACCAUCUUCCCAAACCAUCAUAAGCCAGACAGUGUCAAAGAAAUCAGUCAGGAGACUACAAGAGAUUACAGUUGCUAAUGAGAGUUCUGCAAUUCUAGCUGACCUUCGUAGACCACCUAUAAAAAGUUCAGGAUCUGAUUACUCCUCAUUUGGGACAAAUGGAAAUACUAAGAUGAAGGAAACAGGAGUCACUAGAAUGCAGAAGGUUGAUUUCUCUGAAGAAGGGGAAACUGAAGAGGAGGAGGCAGAACACCACAACAUCUCCGACAGUGACAUGAAUACUCCCAGCCAUAGCGAUGAGGAUUCUACUAAGUCAAGAGGCCAAGAAGUAAAACUUCCCAAUAAGCCGUCACCAUUGCUAACAUCCCAAGUUCCAAUAAAACCUCAGGAAUGGCCUGGACAAAAUGCAAGACUACGGAUAAAAUCACCAACAUCUACAGUAGGCCAGACUUUGAUUCAUGAUCAUUUUUCAGAUGAUGAUAACUUCCAUAAAUCAGACCUUAGAAACAAAUCGUUAUUAUCUGUCAACCAAAUAGAUGAGUCCAGAAAGAAGUCUUCUGUCAUAGCGUGGCUGCUGGUAUUAGUAAUUCUUGUUGCCUCCAGUUUUUUCUACAUAAAUUGGACUUCAACCACAAGUGUAGAAACCACUGCUGUGCAGAAAUUCCAGAACCAGAUGAAAAAGCUUAUGAAUAAGUACCGAAGUCAGGAUGAAAAGUUAUGGAAAAGGAGCCAGACGUUCCUGGAGAAACACUUGAAUAGUUCCCACCCUCGGCCCCAGCCCGCCAUCUUGUUGCUGACUGCUGCCCAGGAUGCUGAAGAAACGCUUAGGUGUCUGAGCGAACAGAUUGCAGACGCCUACUCCUCCUUCAAUAGGGUUCGUGCAAUCCGAAUUAAUGGGACUGGCAGAUCCACCCAAGACAGUGAUUAUGUCAAGCUGGAAGUAGAUCAGAAACUGACUGAUGGAUUCAAGAAUGGCCAGAAUGCAGCUGUGGUUCAUCGUUUUGAAUCACUCCCCGCAGGCUCCACUCUCAUCUUCUACAAAUAUUGUGAUCAUGAAAAUGCUGCCUUCAAAGAUGUGGCCCUGAUUCUUACAGUCCUACUGGAAGAAAAGACCCUGGGAACUGACUUAGGCCUAAAGGAGAUUGAAGAGAAAGUGAGGGAUUUCCUCAAGGCCAAGUUUACCAGUUCUGACACCCCUAACUCCUAUAAUCACAUGGAUUCAGACAAACUAAGUGGACUAUGGAGCCGUAUCUCCCACCUGGUAUUACCUGUUCAGCCUGAAAAUUCCCUGAAAAGUGGGGUGUGCUUAUAACUGUGGCAGAAAAGGAAAUAUGCCUCAUGUCCCAAGAACUUCUCAAGCCUUCUGACCAGUAAUAAGAAUCAGAGCUCUUUUUGCAAGAACUAUUUUCUUUUUAAAGGAAAUUAAAGUUCUGUUGUAAACAUAGGACAUAGUGAAUACAAAGCACUGUAAAUGCUUUUAAUUUCUUAGUCAUCUUAAUAUGGUCUGUUAUCCUGAAGAGAAUUUUUUUUCUUCGUUACAUACAGAACAGUGAAGGCUGCACCUUAGAGUUGCAGUUAGUUUGCAGGUUCCACAAAGAGUUCUCUUUGAGAACCUGGAGCAGAAUCAUUAUAGGUUUUGUCUGAUUAAUGAAUUGAUAGACUUCUUUCCCAUUAAGUUUUCUAAUUUUUUAGUUUAGGUAUUUUCUUCCAAAGCUUUCCCUGCCACCUCCCCUGCUCCUGCCCCUGCCCUCCCCACUCCCUACCCCUGAUUCAUUGGCCUAAUGGUAUGACAGCUCCUCACACAUAGCUAUGGGCUUUCCUGUUCCCUUUCCUUUAGCACAUUUUAGGUGUGGAUUUACCCUCUUAACUAUUUCUUAGAAUAACAGAAGCACUGAAAGUUUUCAAGGGUUGGGGAAAUGGGGGAAAAAAUCUUGCACAAAAUUAAAUUUUAACAAUAAGCCAUUGCGACUUGGAUGAUCUAGAUGUUUUUAGCAUCCUUAUCAUCCCAGUUAAUAAUUCAGUCUUUCCUUUUUAGUAUAGCCAUCUCAAAAUAUUCUUCCCAUAAGAAAUUUCUGAUCCUGCAAUAAGAUUUGGAAGGCAAUAUAUCAUGAGACAGUAAGUUCAAUGUUACCCCUUGAAGGCUGGGCAAAUUCUGGGUAGUUUAUUCUAAACAUAUAUGUUAAAGCUUUUGAUUUUAAUGAAAAUCUAAAAUUGCAGGAUCAGUAAAUAAUAUUAACUUCUCUGUCUGUAUAUGUGUUUUAUUCUGAGUCAUUUAAUGAAACUCCAUGAAGAAUAUGAAGAUUUACUAUGCAUAUAAGUUUAUUUUGAGUGCCUCAUGCCAAAAAGAAAAUAAAAAUACCACAGAUGAAGAAUUUUUAAAUGUAUAUUUAAUGUACUUAUAUAUUUCAGUUUUAUCUUUCAAUCUGUAAUUUAUAGUAUUCUAGUCUCUUAAGUUGCUAUAGUUUUUCUUAGAUUCUUGUAAUUAUGGAGUGACCUAGGGUUGGUUUUUUUUUGUUUGUGAAACUUGGAAAAUCUCUAUUCUUGUUUUCUUUCAGAGUGUUAUUAGAGCUAGACAUUGGUUUCAUAACUGCCUUUGAAUGACCUGUAUUUGAUAGCAAAUGGAUAGAUGGUUUAAUUCUUCUUUGGUGAGGCUGCCUACGUUCAUAAAUCACACAUCCUUAUUAAAAUGAUUUUCUGACAAUCCAAAGUCAUAUUAUUUGAAUUAUUUUCCCAAAAAAAUUCCCAAAUGAACAGGAAGUGAUAAAAAAAAAUUGUCAUUUUAUACAUACAAAAAGUAUUGGGUGGGGAGGUAAAUGUUUUUAUUAAAUAUUUUGCUGACCAAAUAAUUUUAAGUGAUUAAUAUGCUACUUAUUGUACCUUUUGGAAACAUUAAUUGUAGCAGCUGAUUUGUAAAAAUGACUUUCAAAACUAUUUUAGUAAUUUAAAUAAAUUUACUCUUUUGGUUUUUA